UAUCCGGUAUUUGCAUCCCUUAUUGCUACCCUGGCCGCCCAUCCCGCCAUGUCAGCAGUUUGGGAUCCAAAGCCAUGUCUCUCAGCCUUUCGAGUAGUCAGUCCGUGCUCAGAUCCCAUAGUCGGCGGUUGCUCCGAGAUAAUUAAUCCGAAUUCAAGUUCUAAUUAAAAGAAGUUUUUUUUAAAAAGCUAAUUUCAAUUCCCCGCGUAACAUUUUGGUGGCAGCGGUGGGAUCCGGAAAUCUCCAGUGCCCAAGCACCGCCCCACGGACUCGCUCCGGAUUCCUAUCCUGAAAUAAAUAAAAACGUUAUCCUUGAAAACUUACCUUGUGCCAGUGAACGUGACAAGUGUAACAAAAAACUUACCGUGAUAUCGUCGAAGUGCCGUGCUACAAGUCCUACCUAGAACCUUCAGAAGAUCGUUUUGUGCUCAAAGAAGAAUCCAACUGCAUCGUGACCCGUGAACCGCAAUCCUUUACCUGUUCUACGAAGUUCUCCAAGCUCCAAGCUGCAAAAAGAAAAUCCUAGUGAAACUUACCUUUUUCCGUCGUGCUCCGCCGUGACUGCUCGCCGUGUCCUUGAACCUGCAAAUAAAAAUCCAAGCCAUCACUCAAGUUAUUCGAAGACCCGUGACCUCGAGCCGCAGUGCGCUUAUCGCUCAGGAAUGUUCCCGGUCGCCGCCGUCGUGUUCUUAUCGGUCGCCCACGCAGUCUUCAUACUGUAAGUCUUUGGUCAUUGUCUAGACUAAGUUUAAAUCAGAGUUCAGUUCUUUUUAUUGAUAAAUUUAUUUUGUUAGACGUAUUAUAAAUUGUUUACUGUAAAUGUCACCCGAUAUUUAACAGCUGCAUCUGCAUUUCUUGAGUUCGUGUUUUAAAUUAAUUAUGCGUAAAGGCUCAAAACCCGAAGACGAAAAACUUACUAUCGAGAUUCCUGAUACGGAACCUACUUUAAGUAGUUCAGACGUGAAAUCGCCACUGGUUUCCCCUCGCGUGACAAGAAAAACAGCUGCAGCUCUCGCAAUCACAAUGUCCGAACUAGAGUUAAACAUACUCUUCAAAUUUAUCAAACCCUAUGACGGAAGUAGAGAAACUCUUAAUUCAUUCCUUGUUAAUUGUGACAAUGCUUUCGGGCUCGCGUCGGACGCACAAAAAUCCAUUCUGUUUAAAUUUAUCCUAAGUCAGCUGCAUGGUAAAGCAGAGAUUGCCUGCUCAAUAAAAGAAUUCACAUCUUGGGACCAACUGAAAGAGUUUUUAAAGACUCAGUUUAGUGAACGAAAACACUAUUCCCAUCUAUUAACGGAAUUACAAGAGAACAAACAAGGUCCUCAGGACACUGUUAGCCAGUAUGCCCUCCGCACCGAGACCUGCCUCUCACAACUUUUGACCGAAAUAUCGUUGUCCAACAUCAAGGCCAAGGAAUUAGCCGGCCGCACCGCGGCUAUGGAAGACCUUGCCCUGCACCACUUUGUAAUGGGACUUCAUCCCCGAAUCUCCAAUAUCAUUAGAUGCAAAUCUCCUAAAUCACUAAAUGAGGCCAUCAAUUACGCUAUUUCAGAAGAGCGUAUCCAACAAACGCUGUACAGGCGUCCACAAUCGGAUCAAAAGCCAAACAAUAAUAAUACUAAUAACAGGUUUAGGGCCGGGCCUUCCAAACCAAAUCAAAAUUCAUCUUUUUCCUCACAAAGACCUUCCAACCCCUCAUCACAAGGGGCCUCCAACGUUGUCUGUCGUUAUUGCAAAAUACCUGGUCACGACAUCUCGGUGUGCAGGAAACGCGAAUAUAAUAAUAACCGUUUCAAGGUCCAUCAGAACCCCACUCAUAACACUCAUCAAUCCCCACGUGUGAAUUUUCUCGAACAACCUGAAGAGGAGGAUGGCCAUGACGAAGCCACCUCCUUGGUUGAGCCUUUAAACGAAUAGUGGGCUCGCGGCGGUGUCUCGCGAGACCCAGUCUCACAAAUCCAAUCCAGCCAUAUGCAUCGAAUGACACCGUUUCCAAAUCCAGGGACCACACGGGUAACCAGCCCCCAACAAGCGCCCUAUCCUCUAAAUCCAGGUACCACUCGGGUAACCAGCCCCAAACUAACGAUCAAAUCAUUUCAUCAACAAAUCCUGUUAAUUCCAAAAAUCCUAAAAUCCCUAUCGUAUCCACAGAAAUCAGUAAAGUAUACGAAGUAAACAUAGACACAACUAAAAGAUUGUUACCGCAUGUGCUACUAGAUUCACAAGCCUCAGACAUCCCAUUAUCCUUGUUGGUCGACUCCGGUUCUGCUAUAUGUUUAGUAAAAGAUUCCAGUAUACGAAAGAAUCUUAAACUCGUCAAAGAAUCAAUUAAACUCAAGGGUAUAGAUUCCCACGAUGAACCAACCCAGACUGAAGGUCAUUUUCAACUCAAACUAAAUGUAACAGAUAAUAAAUCCUUGUCAUUCAAAUUCCAUGUUGUUAAAAACAUAAAUUUGCCCUAUGAUGGCAUCAUAGGUUCAGAUUUUCUCACCACCUUUGGUUGCAAAAUCGAUUAUACUCAUGAUAUAUUAAAAGUAGGCAAAUUCGACAUAAAAUUACACUUUUCAGAGCCCUUUUAUGUUAUUCCACCUCGCACAGAAGCAGUCAUAGAGUGUUCAAUCCAGAAAACCAACCUCAAGGAGGGUAUUAUCAUAGACCAACAUCUGUCCGAUGAUAUUCUGAUAUCCAAUUGUAUUGUUAAAAUAAAAGACAAUAACCGUGUCAAUCUAACUAUUGCCAAUACUUCAGAGACCUUCGCGAAUGUCAAAACUAACCUUAAUCUUCAUGUGGAACCAUUACACACCUCUGCAUAUCCAGUUAACACAAGCAUACAAACCACAUCCAAGCGAACAGAACAAGUCCUUAACUCACUCAGAACAUCUCAUCUGAACCAAGAAGAGAGAGAUGCUCUCAUAGACAUCUGCUCACAAUACUCUGAUAUCUUUCAUCUGCCCGAUGACCAGCUUACAUUUACGUCUGCCCUCAGUCACCAAAUCAAAACAAACAGCGACAUCCCCAUUCAUACCAAGUCGUACAGAUUCCCAGAAUACCACAAAAAGGAAGUGGAGACUCAGAUUGGUAAAAUGCUUGACCAGGGAAUCAUUGAACCUUCAUCUUCCCCUUGGAGUUCACCGAUUUGGGUAGUGCCCAAAAAGAUGGACUCCCUAGGGCAACGCAAAUGGCGAAUCGUUAUUGAUUACCGGAAGCUUAACGACAUAACAGUCGGCGAAACUUACCCAAUCCCUCAAAUAUCCGAAAUCCUCGACCAGCUGGGAAACAGUAAAUAUUUCACCACAUUAGAUCUCACUUCCGGAUUUCAUCAAAUCCUUAUCUCCCCAGAGGACGCCCCU